AUGCACCACAGACGACUUCAACGGUGGAUGAGGCAACGAACGCUGCAACUAUUCAUGGUCACAGCGCUGUGCAUCAUGGGAUUAGAAGGCACGGUGUUGGAUGCAUCGCCCCAGACAAAGGACAACGCCUCGCCGGCGCAACGGCCCGAUCCGGAGCCGGUAGCUCGGGAGGGACCGAACGGGACCGCGUCCACGGCCGUGCCCGGCGCUGAUCGGCAGCGGAGGCUGAUCCCCUACAUGCAGUACUACGUAACGUCGACGGCUGCGCCCGCGGGACCAGAUAAUGGCGACUAUCAGCAGCCGCCCCAGUCACCAUACAGCCAGCUCUAUAAUUAUAGGCCGAUCACCGUGCCCAGCUCGCGUGACACCGGAGACGGCCGGCCGAACGGUUACUCGCCGAAGCACAGCAGCAAACAGCAGCAGCAGCAACGGCAACCGAUCUAUCGGCCGGUGGAAGAGGCCGUUCCGUACGACGGUCCCUACCAAUCGCCACGUCCGUCACCCCACCGGAAGCCUUACUAUGGCGCGAAGCUAGUUCCGGCGGUGGCACCCGGUGGACUUAAGGCGCUUCCGGUCAGCGUCAAUCCGUUCACCUACGAGUACAAUCACCGCCAUCAGAGUCCUGCGAAGGUCGUCGGUUCGCCGCACGGGCCCACCUCGUACGCGCUGGUCGGUUCCGCUCCUCAGUCACCCUCGACCGAGCACGGCGGCCAUGGUCCACAGACCGCGCUGGACCACGUGGUGGAGGUGUACGAGCGGCCAAAGUAUGCCGUCAUCCCGCGAGAGCGCGAUCCGUACGAGAGCCCACGGUUUGCCGUCCUGCCGCCGGCCACCGGAAAGCUGUACGGCGUCGAGGUGCACCCCAAGUCACAGCCACACGGAGGCGGUGCCGAGAACGUCGAGAUUGAUCCGCUCGCCGGGGCCAAGUACUUCCUGCCGACGGUGGCCCCAGAGUCGAGGAAACCUUCACUGUAUCAAGCCGUGCCGGUGUACAAGAAAAGCCGCAUCAAUCCGUUCCUGCCCUCCAACACGAUUCCCGGGCCCUUCACACCGAUGAUAAGUGGGGCACCUGGGGCGACGCAUGUGGAUCCCACCGGGAACCAGGAACCGCGGGUGAAGGAGCACGCGGUACAGGUGACGUUCGUCAAGAGUGUGUCGAAGGAGACGGUACCGCCGGCCGUCGAGUACCAACCGUACGUUACGGCCAGCCCGGUCCAGAGCAAUCGGGUGCACGGGGAAGUGUCCCAGUCGCCUUACCUGCUGGUGAAGACGGUUCCCAAGUUCUACUACGAAAAGCCACGGUCAGCUGCACCGGUCAGCUCGACCGCCGCUCCGUACCCGGUGUACUACAAGGAAAAACCCAGCGAUGGCCGCAAGCAACACUACAACCAUACUGGUUACACUCGUACGCGGAUUCCUGUCGCGGUGAUUCGGGUGCCGGUUGAGUCACACCCGGCCAACGAGGGGUUCGCUGAGCCACCAUCGAACGCUGGGUACUACAGUGUCGGCAGUUACUACAAGUACCCGGAGCAGGCCGCAGCUCCACCGAGACAGCAUCUGACGGAAACCGUGCUGGCGCCCCAUCCCCAGAAGCACGUGGUCCACCCGGACCCACCGGUCAGCAAGGCUCCACCGGCCACACCGCCCGGCCAGUACUUCCUCGGGGCGAACUAUAAGAUCAUCAAGGUGCCGGUCAAACAACAGCCUUACCCGGUCGACCAACCGUACCCGGUGUCGUACGCUCCGCAGCGCCUGAUUCCCAGCACGACGCCCGUCCCGAUCGUGUACUCGACCACACCGAGCACUACGCCCGCUCCGGUUCACGAAACUCCGGACUACCAGCCCGCCGUCUACCACGGUCAUGGGCAGCGUCCCGUGCAGUACCAAAUCCCGGCGCGCAGUAACCGGACGGAGUACGCGAACCGGCAACGGUUCUACCCGCAGUCGAUGCGACACCCGAGCCAACACAAACCACGACCCAUUCCGCUGGUACCGCCAACGGACGAUCAGGAGCUGGGUCUGCCGGCGGGCAGCGCAUCGGGUUCGUUGUCCGAUCUGCUCAAGAGCCUGCAGGACAGUAAUCUGCUGCCGAAAACGCUCACCCCGGACAACAUCGACAACUCGAUCCGGACGCUGGUGAAGAUUCUGAACAACCUGAAGGCGAACGGUCGCCCGACUGCCGAGCGGGUGGCGCCCGGUCCUGCCUAUGGCAGACGGCAGAACCACACGGUACCGGAACCGGAAGACGGGUACGUCGAUGCGGAUCAGUAUCAGGGUGGCAGUCCGCCGAUGCUGAUCAACAAGAUCGUCACUCCUGGGCCGAACACGGGCAAACCGGGCAUCGAUUACCCGGCGCUGGCCGAGAUCCCCGAGACGAGCUUCUCGUGCAAGGAGCAGCGCUACAAAGGGUUCUUCGGUGACCCGGAGACCAACUGCCAGGUGUGGCACUACUGCGACCUGAACGGUGGCAAGGCUUCCUUCCUCUGCCCGAACGGAACCAUCUUCAGUCAGGUCGCUCUGACGUGCGAUUGGUGGUUCAACGUGAAGUGUUCGACCACCGCCCAGCUGUACGUGUUGAACGAGCGGCUGUACAAGUACAUCCUGCCCUUCACUCCCAAGUUCCCGGAGGACUACAGUGGACCGCUGGUGGACAAAUACUUGGCGCUCAAGUUCCAAGAGAUGGAGGAAAAGAUGAAACAGCAGCGGGCCAAGGGCGCUAAACAGACCGAGGAACCCCUGCCCAACACGGAACCGGAUAACGAUGAGGUGAACGGCAACCGGCUGGAGGAUAACGAUGACCGGUACAACCAGAACCAACCGUACCCGGUGAAGUACGUCACGACGGAAGCCAUCGCCGAGCGGGCGCCGGUCGUGCCGGUGCUUGCGUCAAAGCCCGUCCCACGACCCGUAUCCCCGUCCGGGGCCAUCACGCUCGAGGACAUCGACGCGGAACUCCAACCGGGUGGUGCCGGGGCGGCGAACGAUCGCGCAGGCACGAGUACCACGGCCGGAUCUCCGAUGACGUCCGAGGAGGCGGAUGACCCCGGUGCCGUGACACCGGUCCCAAACUAUCGGACGUCAUCGCCCGCGACCACGACACUGAUCAUCAACACCGAGGAGCCGUCGGGGCCCGAUCCGUACCAGGAGGAGAUGAUGAUGAUGAUGCUGGUGGAGCCGGAAGAUCGCGUGGAGCACGAGUACGCGAACGUGGUCAGCACGGAGCAGUCGCCACCGACGGCCGCACCUUUGCUGAGCAAAGUGCGACGGAUCGAGGUGAAAAACGAUGGCACCAGUGGCCACCUAAUAAGGACGCCCAGUUACGAUCGUAGGCGAAAAAAGUAG